UAACACGCUGCGGAAUGAUUGUCACUUUUGACACGCCACGCCCCCGCAUAAGGCUUAUCCUCCUCGUCGUCGAGCAAAUAGCGAAAAAACCACAAAUCAUGUUGAAAUACUACAAGGCACUCGUCGUCGUUGAUUUGCAUAUCAUUUGUGGGGUAUGUCCGAUGGGGGGUCCUAUGGGGGAUUCAAUGAGUAUAAAACCAUCAAUAUCGAGGAUGUUCCGUGUCAGUUCGAUACCAGGCGGCGCACCGGGACGCACAAUGUCGAUGUUCAGCUCCUGUGAAGUGUGUGGCGAUCAGAGCUCGGGGAAGCACUACGGCGUCUCCUGCUGUGAUGGAUGCUCCUGCUUCUUCAAGCGCAGCGUGAGGAAGGGCAACCACUAUGCCUGUAUUGCCAUCAAGGGAAACUGCAUCGUGGAUAAGGCGCGCAGGAAUUGGUGUCCCUUUUGCCGCUUUCAGCGGUGUCUGGCGGUGGGCAUGAAUGUGGCUGCCGUUCAGGAUGAGCGGGGUCCGAGGAACCAGCAGGCGACUGCCGUCUACAGGUACAGCCGCAGAUCUAUGCCGUCGCCACGCCUGCCACAAACGGUGGUUGCUGCAGCAGGAGGGGGUCAGGCGUUGCACUUUCAAAUUCUCGCUCAGAUUCUGGUCACCUGCCUGCGACAGGCGAUGGCGAACGAACAAUUCAGCAGUCUGGAGCGUCCUCAACAGGAUGCUAUCCUCCAGGUGGUGUGGAGCGAGAUCUUUAUACUGCGGGCCUCGCACUGGUCUCUGGAUAUCAGUGCUAUGAUCGAUGGCUGUGGGAAUGAUCAGCUAAAACGACUAAUAUACGAGGCCCAACAAUUAAGGGCCGAUGUCUUGGAAUUGAACUUUCUUGAGACGUUGAUUUUGUGCAGGAAAGAACUAGCUCUCAGUGCGGAGUAUGCCAUUAUCCUUGGAACCCACUCGAAUGCCGCUUUAAUGUCUCUGGCGCGUUACACUUUGCAUCAGUCGAACUAUUUGCGCUUUGGACAGCUCCUACUGGGGCUGCGACAGCUCUGCUUACGCCGAUUUGAUUGUGCUUUGUCAUGUAUGUUUCGAACAGUGGUUAGGGAUAUAUUAAAAACACUUUAAUUAGCAACUAAACUAAAAUAAACAAAAUUUCAAACACUCCCGCCUUAAAUGUUGCUUGGGCUUUGCAGCAUGUAUAG